AAGGAUAAGCGAUACCUACGUGCUCGCCGGAUAGAGCGCAUGAAUAAAACGCACCCAUCUGCGUGUUUCUUAACAUCCUAUGUGGAAUAGGCCUGCUACAUUAUUUUUUUGUGUGUGUAAAAAUGUGUUAAUAAAAAAUCGUCAAGAACUGUUUGAUGCCUGGAUAGAAUAAUAUUUUUUUAAUACAUUUUUUUUUCGCAUUGCAAACUUAAUGCAAAAGUGACAGUGUUUUUGUUCGAAUGUGACAUGUGCUAAACAAAGCAAGUGAUUUUCUAAUCGCUUUAAUUCUCAUCUGGUAGCUUGAAUGGUAGUCAACACAACACAUCGCUGCACAUGUUCUUUAAAUGGUAAAGAGAAAAGGGAAGAUCAGCUAUCGAUAAGAUUCAGUGCCAGAAAGCAGCUGAGUUUUUUCGAAACUAAGAUGAAGGUUACUGAUUUCUCUCGAGAACAUUCCGUAAGUCACGUCGCCCCGUGCAAAGGAUGAGGCUUCCAAAAGGAUAUAGGACAUUAUCACCAGCAUCGAACGCUGCCCAGACGUCGCCACUCUCCUACAAUUCACUAACUAGUCUGAGCCUCCUUCGGCUGCUCGCAGUUUUCUUGGUGAUUGGAUCGCAAGUUCAUGUUCUAUGCACGGCAUCCAUCGAACAAAAAACCACCUCGACCAGUACACAACCCAGAAUCGGCGAGAAUCGUACUUUACUUUUUGAUGACUAUAAUAAAACUAAAACGACAUUAUCAACAGCUGAUUACCCGUCAGCCACAAGAGCAACCCUUUACGGAUAUUCAUCGCAGGACCAGGACCAGUACCAGUCCCAAAUGCCAGUCGAGGAGUCGAACUCAUCGCAUAGCGCCAUUCCCACGAAAAUUAGCAGGGGCAAAACAUCCAUAGGGACCCCAGGCAGCAUGGAGAUUAGCGAUAGCCAUUCAAUCAAAAAUUUAGGGACAACUGAUCAGCUCUCGACAGUGACAAUGCCAACAACAGCAUUUGCGUCCCUAAAAACCGAUAAAAGUACGAUAAAACAGUCAAUCGAUUCCACGCGCACGAGAAAUCAUUGGACAGCGAGUGGAUUCGCUCGUGUCACAGAACGACCACGCAGUAAGCACCACCAUGAGCACCACUGGGGACCCUUUUUUGAGGAGCCCAUCAACUCGCCCACUUCAGGGGACAACCUCGUGUCCGCCGUGCAUUUGUUCACGGAAGCGGUGCUCAAUUGCCGUGUCGGUAUGCUCAAGGACAAAACUGUCAUGUGGGUCAGGCGAACGGCGGAAAAGGUAUCACUCCUGACUGUCGGUAACGUCACCUACAGUGGAGACCCGAGGAUUCGGGUGAAGUUCCAGUACCCGAACAAUUGGCGGUUACUUAUCAACCCAACGCAGACUGAAGAUGCCGGAGUUUACAUGUGCCAGGUUUCCACUCAUCCCCCCCGUGUAUUCACCACCAACCUCACCAUCUUGGAACCCCCUUUAAGGAUAAUCGAUGAGCACGAGAGGGAUGUGGGGGAUCGUUACUAUAAGUCAGGAAGCACCGUCGAUCUACAAUGCCAAAUAUCGCGUAGCUUUUUCCAAAAAGAACGUCAAACCAUUCUAAAAUCAACUGAAUCUGCAAAUGAUGCUGUACAAAAACUAUUUAACGAGACGAAUAGUGAGCUUAAUUUAAUCGGAAACUCAAGUCAGACGCCACAAAAAUUCUCUGGCCAGGAUCUGGAAAAGUACUUUACCAAGUUUAUAGCCUGGGCAAAAGAUGAAGAGCCUCUUCAAGGAAUGACCAAUAAACGCUUAAGUGUUUCCGACGUAUGGCUAACUAGUCGUAUCUCCAUUGGGGAUGCAAAACUCUCCGAUAGUGGAAACUAUUCCUGUUCUCUUGGCAGACUGUUCACUGUAAUUGUCCAAGUUCAAGUGCUCACAGGGGAACUACCCGCGGCUGUCCAGCACAAUAUAGCAUCGAGGGCCGAGAUCUGUUCUCUUGCGAUAUUGGGACUCCUUCUUGAACUCAUUUUCCUCUUUACUUGCCUGAAAACUGAAAGUCGAAAAUUCUAAGGCACUAAUCUGUGGUCAUCCACAAACAAUUAACCAAUAAUAUUAAGGAUAACAGAGAUUGGCUGGUUCUAAACAAUGGUUUUAGUUUUAAAGUUGAGAAUCAGAAGGUGAUUUCAUUAUAUAUUUAUGUUAUAGUGCCUAUGGUGUAAUAAGACUUCAGAUUUGUUUUGACAAAUAUUCUUAAAUGUUUAAAAUCAGUAAUUGGAUUUAAUUAGGCCACAAUAUGAAACAAUAAUAUUCCAGAUUCUUAAGAG